AUGUCUGGCCUAUCAAAUCCCUCGCUCUCCCAUUCGUUAGAUGUUCCGACACACAAAAUUACCUUAUCUGCUGAGUUGGCAACUUCUUUUGCUUCCUGGAUUCUAGUUUCGUCUGAGAUGUCCUCGCCAAUUGUCAAAGAGAGAGACCCACCUCCGUUUGAUCCAACUAAGUCUAAAGUUUCAAGAGUGAAUGUCUGUGCAGAGCCAAAUUCCACUUUGUACUUGAUUGUCUGA